AAAAUCACAUUUUUUAAAAGUAGGAGUAGCUUGUUGUUUUCCUGAAAGAGAAAAAAAAUGAAAGUACAUUGUAUCAUGUAUAAAGUAGAGAUACCAAUGCCACUGUUGACAGUUUGGAACAAGUUGCUACUCUCUGUCUCAGAUUGACAAUGUUGUCAUUGUCGUUCACUGGAGUGUUGAUGGUGGGGUUCGCCUGUAUGGCCUACACAGAGUGUGCCAAGGACUACACCUCUGCCAUAAAGAAAUCUAUCUUGUUCUUCGACACACAAAGGUCUGGCAAACUCCCAGCCGACAACCCCAUCUCAUGGAGGGGAGAUUCGGCCCUGAACGACUGUGUCACGGGUGGAUGGUAUGACGCUGGCGACCACGUGAAGUUCACGCUACCUAUGUCUGCAUCUACCACAGUAUUGUUGUGGUCACUGAACAGAUUUAAGGAUGCCUACAGCUCAAGCGGAACUUUGGACCAGAUGUAUGACAUGGUCAAAUGGCCCUUGGAUUACUUUCUCAAGGCUUGGGAUCCCACAGCAAAGACCUUAGUGGCCCAGGUGGGCGAUGGUAAUGCUGACCACGGCUGGUGGGGUCGACCUGAGGACAUGACCAUGGCCAGACCUUGUACCUAUAUCAGUGCCACUGAAAAGGGUAGCGAUAUUUCUGGUGGAGUAGCUGCCGCUCUAGCCGCUGGAGCCAUCGCUUUCAAAGACAAGGGAGACACUGCUUAUAGCAGCCAGUUACUCAGUGCAGCCGAAAGCUUGUACGCUUUUGCCAAAGCCAACAGAGGCAUCUUCAACGCCUCUCACGGCCUCUACGACUCCAACAGUGAGAAGGACGAGAUGUGUGAGGCAAGUCUGUGGCUUCACAAAGCCACUCAAAAGAGCAAUUACCUGGAUGACGCUAAGACGUACUUAGACAACUAUCCACCUUGGUCUUUUGACUGGGAAAACAAGCAAGCGGCGUGUCGACAAUUGCUGUAUGAGGAGACACAAAGCAGUGUUUAUAAAGACGCUGUGGUCGAAUACCUGACUACCUGGUUACCUGGAGGAACCUUGACCUACACGCCUUGUGGUCUAGCCUGGAGAAGCAAAUGGGGUUCCCUCAGAGAAGCUGCAAACAACGCAUUCAUUGCUCUUGUGGCCGCAGAGUCUGGAAUUGAGUCAGACAAAUACAGGAAGUGGGCUGUAGAACAGAUCAACUACAUCCUCGGGGACAACCCUCACGAUGGGGGAUGUUUCAGCUACCAAGUUGGCUACGGUACUAAGUACCCUCUACACCCCCACCACAGAGGCUCGUCUUGCCCGGACAGACCCGCCCCUUGUGAUUGGAACAACUUUAACAGCGCUGCGCCAAACCCGCAAGUUCUGGUGGGUGCCCUGGUGGGAGGCCCAGAUGAGAACGACAUCUACCAGGACAAAAGAGAUGACUACGUCACCAACGAGGUGGCCACUGACUAUAACGCAGGGUUCCAGGGAGCUCUAGCAGCCAUUAUCCACCUUCAGUCUAAAAACCUUCUGCCAGUAACCAAUAAUAAAUGCCCAUGCACUGCAGCCUAGACCACAAUUGGAAACAUCCUUAUUCCUCGUGCCAUAACAUUGUUGACAUAUUUUACAUGAACAUUUUAUUUCCAAAUAAACGUAAAUUUUCUCUGAAA